UUUUGGUGAAUAAAAAUUAACUUCCAACCAAAAUUGUAUUCUAAAAGUGUGAAGAAAUGUUUUCAACAUUUUUGCUGCUAAUUGGUAUCAUUUUUCUGAAUGUCUGUCAAAGUGAGCAGAUUGCAACGUACACAGGGGCAGUAGUGGAAAUAAAUCCAGUGUGCGUUGGAAAUACAACUGAGGGUGUAGCUAAGCUUACGAAACAGGCCAUCGACAUCAUCGAAUCGACUGAAUUGGAUGGAGUGGAUAUUGUGGUGUUGCCGGAAGUCAUUUUCAACUGUAAAAAUACUGCUGUGCUACUACCAAAUACAAACCUGUCAUAUUGCGAUGAUCCGGCCGUUGAUGAGGUGCUCCGUAGUAUCUCAUGUGCAGUUCGAAAGGCUAAAAAAUGUGUGGUAAUCGACUUGUAUGUCAAAGUGAAAUGUUCAAUGGACGAUCAAUCGUUUUGCGCUUACGAAUCCGAUUCCACGAACCUCUACAACAUGGCCAUUGUCUUUGAUCGCAACGGUGAUGUGGUUGCGAAGUACCGAAAGUAUCACUUGUUCGGUGAACAAGGAGUGCAACAGACCAAAACGCCCGAUUUGACAACAUUUAGAACCGAUUUCAACGUAACAUUCGGUGUGUGCGUUUGCUUUGAUCUAAUGUUUGACAAACCAGCCAACAGCUUAGUCGAUCAAGGAGUCAAACACAUUGUUUAUCCAACGAAAUGGUUCUCGGAAAUUCCGUAUUUGACAGCCGCUCAAUAUCAGCAAAGUUGGGCGUACGCGAACAAUGUAAAUUUACUGGCAGCAAAUGUGAAUGCACCUAGCAUGAUGUAUUCGGGCAGUGGAAUCUACAGUGGACGAUCGGGUGCGUUGCAAGUAAUCGUCAGCGAAUCACCGGCAACAAAAAUUCUUAUAGCAAAGAUUCCCAUUGAUCCAUUGCCAACUGAACAUUAUCCAUCGAGAAAAUAUAAAGCAACGAAAGGAAAUUGUAUCGAAAAUAAAUUAAAAAUCAACUCGAAUGAAAGCAGUUUUCAACCCAAAAAAUAUCCGUUUGAAAUGAAACUUUACCAAGAUAACCUAACUGAAUACACCGUUACGUUUUUGGACUUCUCCAAAAAUCUCAAACAGAGCGGAAAAGUGUGCAACAAAGCCAUUUGCUGUGAUUACAACAUCGAAGUCAGCGACAAUGGCGAAUUGGAUGGAAAGUCAUCAUAUUCAUAUGCGAUAUCGAUAUUUAGUGGACAUCGUCACUACAAUGGCGUCAAAAAUGUAGUAUCUGGCCAAGAAGUGUGCAGUUUGAUCGCUUGUCCUGAGAUGAAAAUGAAGAAAUCUUGUGGAACUCGAAUAUCACCGUCACGAGUGCACAAUCGAUACAAUUUCACAAAAUUGUCGUUGAAAACGGUGCUUCUAGUCACUCGCAUGAAAGUCAUGCCAAACACAUUGACCACAGACCUGCUGUCACUCAAUCCAAAUGAAUUUGAUUUCAAAAUAUCCGAAGCUCAAAAUGAUCAUCAUGUUAAGGUUGAGCUGAAUUUGAAUGUGCCAAAGUCAAAUCUGCUAACAUUUGCCAUAUUCUCACGAGAUUAUGACAAGGAUAUAAUCACAAACAUCUCAUCAAAAAUCUAGAAAGGAUGUCAUCAUAAUCACGUUGUGUGUUUUGUCAAGCAUUAUCUGGAUGAGGCACAUCCAUUGCGUCAAUCAUUGAUAGGACUAUGUUGAUAUCAUUUUGUUUUAUGAAAAAAAAAAAACAUUGGGAAUAAAAUAAUCGAUUCAUUUUA